AUGCAUCCCCCAAAGGACGUCUUCGUAAUCGACAAACUCGGCAUUAUGGAAGUCCAGGCCUUCAUCGAAUGCUACUGCACAGCCUACCAGCAACCAGAGGCCGACAUGAUCAUGCCCAUGCUAUUCCCGGGCACCGACCUCAGGAGCCCCGAAGUCCGCAACCGCCUCCAGAAGUACCUGAACAACCACGACGUCUACUUGGUCGCACGCUAUCAGCAGACCGGGAAGCUGCUGGGUGUCAGCUGGUGGCACACCGAACUCAACCCGCCCAAGACACCGGAGGACAAGGAAACCGCCUUCGCAAAAGUCAAGGAGAGGAAGGAUGAAGCACCCGACGUGCCAGGCAGGAAUCAGCCGUUGGAGGAUGCCUACAUGGAAGCAGCGUUCGAUGCCACGAUGGAAUGCACUGGUCCAGAUCCCUAUGUCGAACUGCGAGUUCUGGCUGUCCUCCCGCACCACCAGAGACGUGGCAUUGGAUCGUCCCUGCUAAGAGAGGGUACGGAGACAACGCCACCACCGAGCGACCUUCCUUUCUGCUGUGUUCUCCGUCGCUCAUGCUACGGUGGCUGACUUCAUGUCAGGACUGGAGAGAUUGGAUCGAUGUACGCGUCUCAAGGCCUUCGUCAUCGCCAGCAUUCAAGGCAAAGCGUUACACGACAAGUUUGGGUUUCAGGUGGUACGACCGGAACACAGCCCUCAGAAUCAUCGAACACCCGGCCUACCACCUUGAUUCUCGACUUCAGUGCAUUCGAGGAAUUGGCUAACAGUCACAGACUCGAGAACUGCCUCUGGACCCCACGAAUUGGGGCGGCAAUUCUCGUUCGACGCAUUGGUACGAGAUCAACACCCUCAUGCUGCAUUGCUCUCUGCGGGACAUAUCAUCUUCUACCCGUCUACUACACCACGACGAUCACACUAAUCUUUGCACCUCCCCAUAGGUGCAUGCUCCGAUUGCCCGCUGUCUGCGAGAAUGACGACAUACCACUCGAUGAGAACAUUUUCCUAACAGGUACCUUCAACUACCUCCGACCAAAACAGGGUUUGGAGACCUUGAUCGCCCUGUUGGGUUAG